GCCUCUCGUGACGUCAUUUUCCCCGACGAAGGACCCACAAACGGCGGCGCGUCGUUGUGGCUUCCGCGGAUAUGCGAAGAAUGGAUUUGUGCAAAUGAAACUUUUAUCCGUCCGAAAUCAGAGUCAUCUCAUUUGUCACGCGGUUUUGAGCAGGGCGAAGCGCUCCCUUUGCUGAAGAACCUUGUGUGGGGGGGAAGCCACAUAAUAAAAAGGAGCCAUGUUCCUCUACAACAUCACCCUGCAGCGUGCCACAGGCAUCACCCAUGCCAUCCAUGGAAACUUCUCAGGAACCAAGAUGCAGGAGAUUGCUGUUUCCAGGGGAAAGAUCUUGGAACUAUUGCGUCCAGAUGCCAACACGGGGAAGGUGCACACUCUGCUCACGGUGGAGGUGUUUGGCAUAAUCAGGUCUCUGAUGGCGUUCAGACUCACUGGAGGAACCAAAGAUUACAUCGUAAUAGGAAGUGACAGUGGUCGCAUUGUCAUCCUGGAAUAUCACCCUUCCAAAAACAUGUUCGAGAAGAUCCACCAGGAAACGUUUGGGAAGAGCGGCUGCAGGCGCAUUGUCCCCGGACAAUUCCUGGCUGUCGACCCCAAAGGCAGAGCUGUCAUGAUUGGUGCGAUCGAGAAACAGAAGCUGGUUUACAUCCUGAACAGAGAUGCCGCCGCAAGGCUGACCAUCUCGUCUCCGCUGGAAGCCCACAAAGCGAACACGCUGGUGUACCACGUGGUCGGAGUCGACGUGGGCUUUGAAAAUCCAAUGUUUGCCUGCUUAGAAAUGGACUACGAGGAAGCUGACAAUGACCCAACAGGAGAAGCCGCCGCCAACACGCAGCAGACUCUCACCUUUUACGAGCUGGACCUCGGCUUGAAUCACGUGGUCCGCAAGUACAGCGAGGCUUUGGAAGAGCACGGGAAUUUCCUCAUCACGGUUCCCGGAGGUUCAGACGGGCCCAGCGGUGUUCUCAUCUGCUCCGAAAACUACAUCACUUACAAGAAUUUCGGAGACCAGCCUGACAUCCGCUGUCCCAUCCCACGACGCAGGAACGACCUGGACGACCCGGAGCGCGGCAUGAUAUUCGUCUGCUCCGCCACCCACAAGACCAAGACCAUGUUCUUUUUCCUGGCCCAGACUGAGCAGGGAGACAUCUUCAAGGUUACCCUGGAAACGGAUGAAGAAAUGGUGACAGAAAUCCGACUGAAGUACUUUGACACGAUCCCUGUGGCCGUAGCCAUGUGUGUCCUGAAAACCGGCUUCCUGUUUGUGGCCUCAGAGUUUGGAAACCAUUACCUUUACCAGAUCGCUCACUUGGGUGACGACGACGAGGAGCCCGAGUUCUCGUCUGCGAUGCCGCUGGAGGAGGGAGACACCUUCUUCUUCCAGCCUCGCCCCCUCAAAAACCUGGUGCUGGUGGACGAGCAGGAGAACCUUUCGCCCAUCAUGUCCUGUCAGAUCGCUGAUUUGGCCAAUGAAGACACACCUCAGCUGUACGUGGCCUGUGGACGAGGACCCAGGUCUACUCUGAGGGUCCUUCGUCACGGACUGGAGGUGUCGGAGAUGGCUGUGUCUGAGCUGCCCGGUAAUCCCAACGCCGUGUGGACAGUGCGCCGACACGUGGAAGACGAGUUUGACGCCUACAUCAUCGUGUCCUUCGUCAACGCCACUUUGGUUCUGUCCAUUGGCGAGACUGUGGAGGAAGUGACGGAUUCUGGGUUUCUGGGAACGACUCCCACUCUCUCCUGCUCACUGCUGGGCGAAGACGCCUUGGUGCAGGUGUACCCAGACGGCAUCCGCCACAUCCGAGCAGACAAGCGUGUGAACGAGUGGAAGACUCCCGGCAAGAAGACGAUCGUCCGCUGCGCUGUGAACCAGCGGCAGGUCGUCAUCGCCCUCACCGGAGGGGAGCUGGUCUACUUUGAGAUGGACCCGUCUGGCCAGCUGAACGAAUACACGGAGCGUAAAGAGAUGUCUGCCGAUGUGGUCUGCAUGAGCCUGGCCAACGUGCCGCCUGGCGAACAGCGCUCCCGAUUCCUGGCCGUCGGACUGGUCGACAACACCGUCCGAAUCAUCUCCCUGGACCCGCUGGACUGCCUGCAGCCGCUGAGUAUGCAGGCCCUGCCCGCCCAGCCGGAGAGUCUCUGUAUCGUAGAGAUGGGCGGAGUCGAGAAGCAGGACGAGCUCGGGGAAAAGGGAACCAUCGGAUUCCUCUACCUCAACAUAGGACUUCAGAACGGUGUGCUCCUGAGGACUGUCCUGGACCCAGUGACCGGUGACCUGUCGGACACACGAACCCGCUACCUGGGGUCACGACCUGUCAAACUUUUCAGAGUCAGGAUGCAGGGACAAGAAGCUGUGCUGGCAAUGUCCAGUCGCUCUUGGCUCAGCUACUCGUACCAGUCUCGCUUCCACCUGACCCCUCUGUCGUACGAGACUCUGGAGUACGCCUCUGGCUUUGCCUCCGAGCAAUGCCCAGAAGGUAUCGUGGCCAUCUCCACCAACACACUGAGAAUUUUGGCCUUGGAGAAGUUGGGCGCCGUCUUCAAUCAGGUGGCCUUCCCUCUGCAGUGCACUCCGAGGAAAUUUGUGAUCCACCCCGAGACCAACAACCUAAUUUUGAUCGAGACUGACCACAACGCCUACACCGAGUCGACCAAAGCUCAGCGAAAGCAACAGAUGGCCGAGGAGAUGGUAGAGGCCGCCGGCGAGGACGAAAGGGAACUGGCUGCUGAGAUGGCCGCCGCCUUCCUCAACGAGAAUCUCCCGGAAGCCAUCUUUGGCGCGCCUAAAGCUGGCGCCGGGCAGUGGGCCUCGAUCGUGCGACUGAUCAACCCCAUACAGGGCACGACGUUGGACCAGGUGCAGCUGGAACAGAACGAGGCGGCGUUCAGCGUCGCAGUGUGUCGUUUCACCAACACUGGAGACGACUGGUAUGUUCUGGUUGGUGUUGCCAGAGACAUGAUUCUCAACCCCAGAUCAGCAGCUGGCGGCUUCAUCUACACCUACAGGCUGAUAGGUGGAGGGGAGAAGCUGGAGUUUGUGCACAAGACCCCCGUCGAGGACGUGCCCUUGGCCAUCGCCCCGUUUCAGGGACGAAUCCUGGUGGGAGUCGGGAAACUGCUGAGAAUCUACGACCUUGGCAAGAAGAAGCUGCUGCGCAAGUGCGAAAACAAGCACGUGCCCAACCUGGUGACGAGCAUCCAGACCAUCGGCCAGCGCGUGAUCGUGACCGACGUCCAGGAGAGUCUGUUCUGGGUCCGCUAUCGUCGCCACGAGAACCAGCUCAUCAUCUUCGCCGACGACACGUAUCCCCGCUGGGUGACGACGGCCUGCUUGCUCGACUACGACACCAUGGCCUCCGCCGACAAGUUUGGGAACAUCAGCAUUGUGCGUCUUCCCCCCAACACCAGCGAUGACGUGGACGAAGACCCCACCGGGAACAAAGCUUUAUGGGACAGAGGCCUCCUCAAUGGAGCAUCACAGAAGGCGGACGUGGUAAUGAACUACCACAUCGGCGAGACGGUGUUGUCUCUGCAGAAAACCACUCUGAUCCCCGGAGGUUCCGAGUCGCUGGUCUACACCACGCUGUCCGGAGGCAUCGGCAUCUUGGUCCCAUUCACCUCACACGAGGAUCAUGACUUCUUCCAGCAUUUAGAGAUGCACAUGCGCUCAGAGUUCCCUCCGCUGUGCGGCCGAGACCAUCUCAGCUUUAGGUCCUACUACUUCCCGGUCAAGAAUGUGAUUGACGGAGAUCUGUGCGAGCAGUUCAACAGCAUGGACCCCCACAAGCAGAAGAGCGUGGCAGAGGAGCUGGACCGAACCCCGCCAGAGGUCUCGAAGAAGCUGGAGGACAUCCGCACUCGCUACGCCUUCUAAUCAGUACACAGUGUCAGCCUCAUCCAGAAGAGAUGGACAAAUACAAACCACCCCCUUUUUUAUGAGCGUCACACCGACUGUUGAGCCUCAGUCUGUCCUCUGAAGAACACAGACUGAUGGAGACGAACGGUUGACGCAACUCGAAACACGAAAACAUGCAAGAUGUCACAUGCUCGUUAUUCCCACACAUCGCUGGCGCCAAUUUUGAGCGAUCAAAUGCCAGGAACUGUCACCCGCACAGUGAUGUGACGAUCAAAAAAAUAAAAUAAAUACCCACAUGAAAUACAUAUUUCAAUUACUGAGAAUUUUGCGGCUAUUUUUUCCACACCUCCCCUGUGCAACGACGCACACGCAGCAACACGAAGACUGCGUGUUGCCUGCACUGCGUGGAAACCUGCCAGCAAGUCAUAACAACCAAUCACACGUAGAGAUGUGUGAACAGUUUUCACAUCUCACACACACGCGCACACAGAGCUGUGUGAACAUAUUUCCCAUGGACUCCAUUUCGAAAGGCAGCUCUGUCAUCUUUUGAGCACAGACAUUCUGAAUCCAAAAUCAUUCGUCGCCAAUCCAUGAGCUCCAUCUUUGAUUUUCAGCAAAAACUUCUCCCCGUAUGUUGUGAUUAUUUUAAUGCGUGUCGAUUUAGAAAAUGAUCUGUAAUUAUGCAAUUUACCGUAGAAGCAUUCGACGGCAUCAUUACAUCUGCCCUCGGCGCCCCCCCGGGUCCCACCUCCCACCCGUGUCUCUAACUGUCCCCAGGAUCACGGACGCGUGUUGUUCAGUCGCAGCUGGGAACCAGAACAUCGACGACCUCCGACUGAGCCGAAGUGUCGCCUCUCUGUGGCAUUAGACGUCCCGGUGAACUCAGACUAAAUAAGUGGGUGGAAGAAAACUCUAUUCUUUUUUUUUUUCACUGGGUGUUGUUCUUCUUCUCAGUCCUGUAAAUUCCCAACCUCAGCCACAGACAUUACAUUCCACAGUAGUCACAGAAUUCAGGGGUUUGUGGGCCCGGGGGCAGUGGUCUGUUUUGUAAAUAAAGAUGUGUUUUUGUACUUUA